AUGAAAGACAAGAACGGUGCUAAACCUGCCACUUCGAUACUCCGUCGGAUUUGGUUGAAUUGUGCAGCUCAGGCCAAAGAAUAUGGUAGAUGUGUUGCAGCAAAGGUACCUGUUGUCGAACGGGACAUGUGCUUAAAAGAAUUUCUUAUUCUCCAGGAUUGCAUGCAGAAUGUGUUAGAAGAAAUGUCUGGGAAAGCAUCGUCCUCACAGUCUUCCGGUUUUAAUGGAUCUGGUGCCUUGUCACAUGUUUAUAUUCAACAUCCCCCUUUGAGGUUUAAAAUACCUGGAUGUACAAAUUUGUUUUAUGAUGAUGGAAGUAAGCUUCUACUUGCUCCUACAGCUAGUCAGAUUUUCUCAUGGAAAACUGCUCCAUUCGACCCACAAGCUGCCCCAUCUUCUGAUCCAGUAGCUGGAGGUCCAAUCUUAUCCGCUAGAUAUUCACUGGAUUCUAAGCUUCUAGCAAUCCAACGAUCUUCUCAAGAAGUUCAGAUAUGGAACAGGGAGGGAGGAAGCAAUAUUAGCUAUAAGUGUCGGUCUGAAUCAGAACACAUCCUUGGAUACUUUUGGACAGAUUGUCCAACGUGUGAUAUUGUCUUUGUAAAGACGAGUGGGCUGGACUUUCUCUCAUAUAAUUCUGAAUCAAAAUCACUUACUGUGGUCGAGACCAAGAAGACCAAUGUAAGUUGGUACAUAUACACACAUGAGAGCAGGUUGGUGCUUCUCGCAUCAGGAAUGCAGUGCAAGAGUUUAACAGGAUACCAGAUUUCUUCCGCAGGAAUUGUCCGCUUGCCAAGAUUUGAGAUGGCAAUGGCGAAGUCCGAGGCAAACAGUAAGCCUGUCCUUGCUGCUGAAGAUGUCCAUAUUGUCACUGUUUAUGGGAGAAUUUACUGCUUGCAGUUAGACCGAGUGGCAAUGCUACUCCACUUGUAUAGGUUCUAUCGAGAUGCUGUCAUUCAACAGGGCUCGUUACCAGUUUAUUCUAACAGGGUUGCUGUGAGUGCCGUGGAUAAUGUUUUGCUGGUUCAUCAAGUGGAUGCAAAGGUUGUUAUAAUGUACGACCUUUUUUCAGACUCCCGGGCACCUGUAUCUGCUCCUCUUCCUCUACUGUUGAGAGGUUUUCCUAGAGCUGGUGCUUUGUCUUCUUCUCAAUCUACUAGCUGGAGUACCGGAACUUCAGAUACGGUAACUGAUAAUGAAGCAGUUGCGUAUGGAGAUGGCUGGUUGUUUCUUGUACCUGAUCUUGUAUGUGAUGCUACUAAUGGGCUUUUAUGGAAGAUAAAUCUGGAUCUCGAGGCCAUUUCUGCUAGUACUUCAGAAGUACCUUUUGUUAUAGACUUCCUGCAGAGGAGGAGGUCUGAAGCAUCUAAGGCGAAGCAGUUGUGCUUGGCAUUAGCUCGCACUAUGAUUCUUGAAAGGAGACCGGUCUCAACUGUUGCGAGGGCUUUGGAUGUUUUAGUCACUGCUUAUUCCCAGUCAGUCAGAACCGGCAGUUAUCAGAAGAAAACAAAAGCACAGAAAACAAUGAAUUCUGGUGGUUCAGAUGUAAACAGUUCAAGUACACCCAUUGAGGAUGCCAGCAAUCGAGCAGAAGCAAUUGGAAAAUCUGUCGAAAAUAUUCCCGAAAGAUCUAGUUUUUCUACUUCAGACUCUGAUGACAAUGUUAAUACCGAGACACAGAAAAUCAAUUCUAUUAGAUCUGAUUCUUCAACUGGUAGUAAAAUAGAGGGGGAACAUUCCACCAGGACCAGAGCAUCUUUUACUGGAGUUUAUCAAAAUUCUGCAGAAUCUCAAAUUCCUCGACCUAGUGACGCUCCGUUAAAUGCCAGUGCUUCUGAGAAUCAGGAGUCUCAAGUGACUUCAGCUGUAACUUCGCUUGAGGAUUUGUAUAAUUUUGUGUUUGCUCCAGUUGAGGAAGAAAUGGCUGGAGAUUCUUGUUACUUGGUUGCUGUCAUUGUCGAGUUACUUCGCAGGGCUAACCUGGAGAAACUGAAGGUGUGUCCAAGUAUAUAUAUCUUGAUAGUGAGAGUGCUUGCAAGAAGCGAGCGUCAUGCUGAACUUGGAUUGUACAUCAUUAAUAAGAUUAUUGAGCCCUCAAAAGAAGUUGCUUACCAGCUCAUUGAGUCUGGUCGUCUACACUCCCAGACGAGGAAGUUGGGCCUUGAUAUGCUUAGACAGCUGGCUUUGCAUCAUGACUAUGUUUUGCUACUUCUGCAAGAUGGAUAUUAUCUGGAAGCUUUACGUUAUGCUCGGAAAAAUAAGGUGAAUACUGUGCGACCUGCAUCAUUUCUGGAAGCAGCAUAUGCUUCUAACAACUCGCAACAACUUGCUGCAGUUCUCAGAUUUUUUUCUGACUCGAUUCCUGGCUUUAAGACCACCUCCGAACACAGUACAUAUAGUCAAGUACUUGCUGAGAUGAGUGCAUUGAUGGUUACUUGA